UUCGUCCCCUGUGGGCUUAAUCCGCCGCACUACCCGUCUUACAAUCUUGCUAAUCAUUGUGAAAUCACUAAGAAAAAAAUAAAGAAAAAAAAGAAGACCCGCCCCCUGCUCCCUGGAGGCCCCGCCCCGCCGGUAGCCCCGCCCAGAGGCGGGACAAAACCAGGCCCCGCCCCUUCCGCACCAACAGGAAGUGACGCGAGGCGGUCCCGCGGCCUUUCUCCCCGUACUCGCUCUUCCUCCCCGUCCCUCCCCUCCGGGUCCCUCCCCUCCUUGAGCUCGGCCUCGUCCUCCGUGAGGGUGGAGGCGGCCAUGGAGUCCGCGGCCGGGGCCGGGCAGCGACACUGAGCAGGAGUCCCGGAGGCGUCCGCGGGGCGGGGAGGACGGGAAGCGGUAACAGUAACUAAUUCAUACAGCAGCCAUGGAGUCCAUGCUCAACAAACUGAAGAGUACUGUCACAAAAGUGACGGCUGAUGUCACUAGUGCUGUGAUGGGAAACCCCGUCACUAGAGAAUUCGAUGUUGGCCGACACAUUGCCAGUGGUGGCAACGGACUAGCUUGGAAGAUUUUUAAUGGCACAAAAAAGUCAACAAAACAGGAAGUGGCUGUUUUCGUCUUUGAUAAAAAGCUGAUUGACAAAUACCAAAAAUUUGAAAAGGAUCAGAUCAUCGAGUGUCUGAAACGAGGAGUCCAGCAGUUGACCCGACUGCGACACCCCCGGCUUCUCACGGUGCAGCACCCUCUGGAGGAGUCCAGAGAUUGCUUGGCAUUUUGUACAGAACCAGUUUUUGCCAGUUUGGCCAAUAUUCUUGGUAACUGGGAAAAUCUGCCUUCUCCUGUGUCUCCAGACAUUAAGGAUUAUAAACUUUAUGAUGUAGAGACCAAAUAUGGUUUGCUUCAGGUUUCUGAAGGAUUGUCAUUUUUGCAUAGCAGUGUGAAAAUGGUUCAUGGAAAUAUUACACCUGAAAAUAUAAUUUUGAAUAAAAGUGGAGCCUGGAAAAUAAUGGGCUUUGACUUUUGUGUUUCAUCAGCCAAUCCUUCUGAACAAGAGCCUAAAUUUUCCUGUAAAGAAUGGGACCCAAAUUUACCAUCAUUAUGUCUUCCAAAUCCUGAAUACUUGGCUCCUGAAUAUAUACUCUCUGUGAGCUGUGAAGCAGCCAGUGAUAUGUACUCUUUAGGGACUGUCGUCUACGCUGUAUUUAACAAAGGGAAACCUAUAUUUGAAGUCAACAAACAAGACAUCUACAAAAGUUUCAGUAGGCAGUUGGAUCAGUUGAGUCGCCUGGGAGCUAGCUCACUUACAACCAUACCUGAGGAAGUCCGUGAGCACGUGAAGCUGCUGCUGAAUGUCACGCCCACUGUGAGGCCAGAUGCAGAUCAGAUGACCAAAAUUCCUUUUUUUGAUGAUGUUGGUGCAGUAACACUGCAGUAUUUUGAUACCUUAUUCCAAAGAGAUAAUCUUCAGAAGUCACAGUUUUUCAAAGGAUUGCCAAAGGUUCUACCAAAACUACCUAAGCGUGUCAUUGUGCAGAGGAUUUUGCCUUGUUUGACUUCAGAAUUUGUAAACCCUGACAUGGUACCUUUUGUUUUGCCCAACGUUCUGUUGAUUGCUGAAGAAUGCACCAAAGAAGAAUAUAUCAAGUUAAUUCUGCCUGAGCUUGGCCCUGUCUUUAAACAGCAGGAGCCAAUACAGAUUUUGUUAAUUUUCCUACAAAAAAUGGAUUUACUCCUAACGAAAACCCCUCCUGAUGAGAUAAAAAACAGUGUUCUUCCAAUGGUUUACAGAGCACUAGAAGCUCCAUCCAUUCAGAUUCAGGAACUCUGUCUAAACAUCAUUCCAACCUUUGCAAAUCUUAUAGAUUACCCAUCUAUGAAAAAUGCUUUGAUACCAAGAAUUAAAAAUGCAUGCUUACAGACGUCUUCCCUUGCUGUUCGUGUAAAUUCAUUAGUAUGCUUAGGAAAGAUUUUGGAAUACUUGGAUAAAUGGUUUGUACUUGACGAUAUCCUACCCUUCUUACAACAAAUUCCAUCAAAGGAACCUGCAGUCCUCAUGGGAAUUUUAGGGAUUUACAAAUGUACCUUUACCCAUAAAAAGUUGGGAAUCACCAAAGAACAGCUGGCCGGGAAAGUGCUGCCCCACUUGAUCCCCCUGAGUAUUGAAAACAACCUGAAUCUCAACCAGUUCAAUUCUUUCAUUUCCGUCAUAAAAGAGAUGCUUAAUAGAUUGGAGUCUGAACACAAGACCAAACUGGAGCAACUUCAUAUAAUGCAGGAGCAGCAGAGGUCUUUGGACAUAGGAAACCAAAUGAGUGCUUCCGAGGAGACAAAAGUCACAAAUGUUGGAUCUCAGCAGAUUGACAAAGUCUUUAGCAACAUUGGAACAGACUUUCUGACCGGUGGUGAAUCAAAAAAUAAAGAGGAUGGGCUACACAGCAGACACAGAAAGGCAUCACUAACACUUGAAGAAAAACAAAGAUUAGCGAGAGAACAGGAGCAGGCACAGAAAUUGAAAAGCCAGCAGCCUCUGAAACCCCAGGUGCACACGCCGGUCGCUCCAGCCAAACAGACCAAGGACCUGACAGACACUUUAAUGGGUAAUAACAUGUCAUCUCUGGCCAGCCUCUCUGUUAACACGCCUAAAAUUUCUGCUCCAAGUACCUUUGCUUCUGUUCCCUCCAUGGGCCUUAGUAUGAUGUUUUCUACACCAGUUGAUAAUACAAAGAGAAAUCUGGCCAACGGCCUGAAUGGUAACAUGGCCUUUCAGACUUCGGGAUUCAGUAUGCCAGCUAAUCCAAACCAGAACUUCUUCAGCAGUCCGGGCACCCCUGGCAUGACCAAGAUGGCCCUGGGAACACCUUCUACCCUGCCGAACUUCAACGCUGUGAGUGUGCCUCCUGCCGCUGCCACGCAGACUCAGCAAAGACCCCCAGAUAUGUCUGCCCUUAAUAAUCUCUUUGGCCCCCAGAAGCCUAAGGUCAGCAUGAACCAGCUCUCACAACAGAAACCAAAUCAGUGGCUUAAUCAGUUCGUGCCUCCCCAAGGGUCUCCCGGCGCGGGCAGCUCGGCCACGGGAACACAGAUGAACGUGAUGGUGCAGUCGGCCUUUGGCAUGCAGGCCAACCCUUUCUUUAGCCCGCAGAACUUCACACAGCCACCCACUACUAUGACCAGCAGCAGUUCCGCUAGCAAUGAUCUAAAAGACCUUUUUGGGUGAGGUCUCUUUGCUUCUACUUUUGAAGGAUCACUUUGGUUUUAAUCAUGGUUGAGCUGAUCGACACGGUUGCGUAGUUGGCGGGGAGGAGCUGUCGCCGUGGAGCGGGAGCGGCUCUGUGUGACCGGCAGCUGUCUGGCACCUGCCAGUGUGGCAUCUCUCCCUCCUGCCAGCUUGUCUGCAGGCUUUCAAACCCACACCAGUCUCAAGGAGAAAAAGGCACCUGGGUAUCUUGAAUAGCAGAUUUCUUUCUUUUCUUGUUUAUUUGGGCUUGCAGAUCCUGGCAGUAAGCAAUUGAGUUGAUAGCAAUUGUAAGAGUCAUUUAUUAAAUUCUACGUGAUGCACAGUCUGCGUGUGUCAUGAGUCUUCAUUUUAAUAUGUGAAAACUCUUGAUGCUGUGUUGAUUUGUUUGCGUUUAGUAUGAACACAUGGUAAGCGUAACCUAAGGGUCAGGUCAUCUGCUUUUUCCAAUCUUCUCAGAUGAACUAAUGUUUUGGUACAAAAGACUGAGUAGCUAGACUGAAAGAUUUAACUGACUUGAUUUCAUUAACCAUCUUAAAUGCAAACUAAUCACUGUAAAUUGUAUUUCAGCAUGAUCUUCCUCAGAUAGUAAUGUAUUUUUCUGCCUUUACUUGGAUAUGUUUAGAGUCACUUUUUUUCUUACUGUAUCACAGGUAUGUACUAAUCUGUACAGACGCUUGACAGAGCCUUCUGAUGUGACUUCUUUGAUUACUGCCUUCGUAUUUCAUUUUGAACUUGAAUUUCUGAGGUUGCAGUGUACGUGAAUUGCGUUUUCAAAAGGGGAUUUGUAAAGAAUUAAAUUAUAUUUAAUGAGUAAACUUUUGAAAUUUCUGAUGUAUUGUUUCAAAUGUAAUAAACUUUACUUCUCUAAAAAUGAGCAGUUGUAUCUUCUGGCUAUCAGCUGACUGGUUCUCAGCUUGCCAUGACAAAGUCUGACCUCGCUAGUUACUGCAACUCAAGUUUAAUUCUUUCUAGGAAUUUCAGGAGCCUUCCCUUCAAAUAUUUUAAUGUCUGUAAUUAGCCAUUUUUAGACAAGAAUAUAUGCUAACAGGUAAUAUGUCUUAUUUUCAGGACCUUCAGUUUUCUGACUAUUCAACCACAAAGCCUUAUGCUGUACAUGUUACUUGUACUCUGUUAAAACUUACUCCAACACAUUUGCUAACUUUCAAAUGAUACUUGCUGCCUUAGAGUUUGUGGCUUUUAAUUAUCUGAAACCAGCAAUCACUUAAAAUCAUCUGAAGCUUCGUGUGCUGAAAUUAAGUUUAUUCAUGGGGAAAAUACACACACACACACACACACACACACACACACUCAAAAUUUAUACCCCGAAUAAAUAGCACUUGUUGAUAAAAUGUAACCUGUCAGUCAUGCUACUGGCAGCAUCAAGCAAUAGUGCAUUUUACAAAAUAAAGAUCCAACUUUGUAUCUGGUUUCUGUAUGUGCUGUUGCUUUUUUACUUGGCUUUAGAGAAAGGAGCGAGGAAUACUGAAGAAAGGUGUAUAUGAAAACACCAGGAAGAUGGACUUUUGUGGUUUUUUUGUUUGUUUGCUUACUGCCAAAUACAUUCAGGCCGUGACUAGAUUAUUCACCUUGUUUGUAACCCAAUAUUGGUCUCUCUGUUACACUUGGGAUAAAUUUUCUUAAUGCUGAAUAAUUUUUCCUUGUAACAAGUAACACUGUUAAGAAAUUACUUUUAUUUUGUAGACUAGUUUAAUGUUAGUAUAGAAUUCCUAACUAGGAGAGCAUCUGAAUAUAAAAACAGCUUUUGAAAACAUAUAAAGUGUAAUUCUUAGGCAAUGUUCACAUUGAAAUGUGCUCAUUUGUUGAGGUGAUGGUGCUACUUUUAGAAAUAUUAUCCUGUAUGUUCUACUUUUUAAAAAAUAUUUUAUUUAUUUACUAAUGAGAAUGAUAGGAAGAGAAAAAGAACCAGACAUCACACUGGUACAUGUGCUGCCUGGGGUUGAACUUGGAACCGCAUGCUUGAGAGUCUAGUGCUUUGUCCAUUGUGCCACCUCCUGAAUCACACCGUUCUACUUUCUUAAGGAUAUUUAACUCAUUUCCAUAUAUUGAAUUGUUCUCAUUGCUGUUUUCUGUUGAAAAAUUGGUAUUUUUUUUUUAGGCUUCUGUUUCUAUAUGAAAAAAAUUUUCCAAGUACAAGAUCACUCAAAAUGAUUUCACAUAUUAACAACAUUUAAGUCUUUUGUGCUUAGUGUAAGGAAAUAGUAGGUUGAAGGGCACCUGUGGGGUGGUAAACAAAAGACUACAAGAAUGUUUCCUUUUAUUUGAAUCGGUUCUUUAUUUUCCUUGUGUUGUCAUCUAUGUUGAUUUGUAUUAAAGACAAUGAAAACAGAGUACA